AUGUGUCGUUUGUUUGAAAUUAUUAUUAUAUUUGUGUCACAAUUGGCGCACAUUUUUAGUGAAACACAUAAGCAUUCAAUCAAUCAAUCAGUGGAUCUGUUGAAUGAUUUCAGUAGUUAUAUAUCACAGCAAAGAUGGUCAGACCUAAGAGGAUGGUUGUUGACGACGAGGACAGCGCUGACGAGAUUCUCAACAUUUACAAAGACAUCGGCGAUAAGAAUACCGAUUCAUUAAAGUCACCGAAAAGUACAACAAACAAUGGCAAACAAGACUCUGUGGCCAAACUGCGCGACGAAAACGCACGGCUCAAGAAAUUGGCCGAACAGUACUGCUUAGAGAAAGACAACUAUAAGAGUCAGAGCAAAGAGGUUAUCAAUAAAGCGUCCGUUUUGAAGGAGAGAGACCGCGCGUCGACACUACAGAUAUUAGAGUUAUUGCGGUUAAACUCUUUUCUUAUCAAUUGUUUUCCCGAAGCCGAAAGAGAAGCUUUAUAUGAAAAGUUUGAAAAAUUAAAUUCACCACCGAUUUCAUCGAUUCCAUCUCAAAAUGGAGACAAGAAAAAGUCAUUGUCGGCCUCGAAAAAGCCGGAAAAAGUCAAUCAAAUAUCUAAUUACUUUAAAAGUACUGAUAAAUUGCCGGGAAAUGGUUUUAACGAAUCGUUUACAGUCCAGACUUGUAAUGACAGUACCGAAGAUGAGUCCGCGGCAAAUGUAGUCCGAAGACGUUCGCCUCGAAAAUCUAAUAGCAUUAAUGGCGAGACUUCAGGUCCGCCAGCAAAACAAAGAAAGAUGAAUGUUUAUGAGUCUGGUUCUGGUGACGGACAAGAGGUCAGCACUAAUGAGAAACCGGCGAAAACUGGAAAGAAGAAAACUAAAGAUACGACUGCAGAGAUUGCAAACGAAACAACAUCUGAUAAUAAAACUGAAUCCGAUGGCAAUACCACUAAAGAGAAACCUAAACGAAAACCCGGACCCAAACGAACUCGAAAACCUCGAGUUCCCGAACGAAGAGGUUUCUUUCCGUGUUCUUUCGAUACCAAAGAGUGCCGAGAAAUGAUGUACACUAAAGAACAAUUCGACUUUCAUAUGAACGGUCAUUACGAUGCAAAGUAUACUUGUCCUUUCUGUGCCUAUACUGGUCCGACCAUUCAGAUAAUUAAACGUCAUAUUUAUAAUCUUCGAGAAAGUGCUGAGAAACUGAAAAGUGAAGGCAAACCACUGGAUGAGGACGAGAGGGAACAUAUCGACAAAAAAUAUUAUAAGUGUUACGGUUGUAAAGUCUGUAAUAUUAUUUACGACAAAUCUGAGAAACGAUGCGAACAUAUUCAGGAAGAUUCAGAUAAUGAAUGCGAUUUUAUGCACGACAUUGACUAUCAGUUUAAGGAUCAUCUGAAGAGACAUUUUAAUGAAACCUUUUCAAAGAUUAAAGAUAAGAGUGAACGAAGAGAAAAAAUUAAACCACUUGUCGACAAAUUUGUUGAAGAAGAAUAUUUUGUCAACAAAGCGAAGAAACAACGUUUGAUUGAAAAAUAUCAGAAAAGCAAUGACGAAGACGACAACGGCAAUGACGGAGUCAAUGAGGAGCCAAACAUUAAAGAAGUGUUAACCGCCAAUUCAGAGGAUGAUUGGGAUGAAUAAACUUUUAAUAUUUUUAAAUAUAGUUUUUUAUUAUUAUUUACAGAUUUUUUCUUUUAUAUAUAUAUUUAUA